CAAGUGAAGCCAGUACUAUUCAAUUCGUCGCGAGGUACGCACGCAUGCGCACAAGUCGAUCAGUGAAAGUCGUAAGCGCAGUUAUCGCGAUCUCGUGUUUCGACGACGUCUUCGUCUAGUUUUGUUUAAGUUGCGCCAGUGCUAAGGGAAAGGAGGUCGGUACAUGGCCCGUGCCCGUCUAUGUGUCUUGUGUUCGCUAGGCUCGGAUCGCUUGCACUUUCAACAACAUUCCUGUGGUAUUCCUGCUUGUUUGAGAUGAUUCAGCCUUAAGAGUAUUUCUUCAAUGUUAGGGCUUCUCGAAGUAUCAUAUAUAAACGUGAAAUUUGGUUACGUCGGUUAAGAUGAUUUUCAAAAUCGGCUGACAGAUGUUUUCGUUUAAAUGAUCGUCAGUGUUUGAGUGACUUGAAAAGUGUUAAGUGAACCGUAAACAUGAGCAGUGGUGAGCCAACAUUAACUGAAUCGCCGGUUCCCCUGGCGCUGGCUCGGCUGCAGGGUCGGCCCAACAGACUGCCGCGCGGUCUGCGAACACACCGCCCCAGUCUGCCGCUGGCCAGCCUGCAGGAAGCCGUCGAUGAAACCCCGCGACGCUUCAGCGACGAGCCGUUCGACGUCAACACCGACGACGACGAAGCCUUCAUCGAGCCAGACAUGGAGUAUAAAACGUCGCCUUCCGUAUCCAACGGUCGCAGAGUUUCCGACGCGACAUUCGCCGAGCGAUACAGAAAGCUGAACGAAUUCGACGGUCCGCCGCCCGAUAUGCCGCGGCGUGCCUCCCUCGCCGUGCCCGUCGGUGUAGACGGCUACGGCGCACUGGAGAAGGGAAGGAGACGCUCAUGGGCGGCGCGGUUGCAACUCGAACGGAAGAAACGACGGAAGUCUGGCGGCAACGACACCGACGAAGAAACCGAGCCGGUCAUCUACGUCCGAGAGAAACGACCAUCGUGGUGGAACGUGUUCGUACCGGACAACAUGCUCAAACGAAGGUCUAGACGUGCUUCCCAACAGCUGUCGAGGAGCGCGGAGAGCAUCGACCAGUCCUAUAAAAGGUCGAAAAGUCGAUCCGUGGACCAUGGGUUCGCACCACCGUUCGACUUGGAGUCACUGCGCUCCAAGGUCGAGGGGAGAUUUGAUGCUGUUCAGAAAGAUGAAGAUGACCAGGCGAAGAGAUUGCCGCCUCCUACUAUUAAAACUAUGAAUUAUACGGUACGUGACCGUGACACGCUGCCUGCGCUGGCGGCCCGCUUCGACACCACACCCUCGGAGCUCACCAAGCUGAACCGCCUCGCCACGCAGUUCAUCUUCCCUGGCCAGAACCUGCUCGUGCCGGACAAGAGAAAGGAUGGCGACAAGGAAUCUGAUGGAAGGUCGGAGAGCGGCGAUAAUACUUCGGAGUCGACCCAGGGCGGCAACGAGCCGGCACAAGAGAAAGAAAUACUGGACAGCUUGCGGCCCGUGUCGCCCGAGGCUCCGGCCAGCAACAGCGCUCCGCAGCGGUUCCUCAAGAUCAACGUGCGUCACAUCACUGACGGACAGGGCGUGGUGUCGGGAGUCCUGCUGGUGACCCCGAAUGCGGUGAUGUUCGACCCGAACGUGUCGGACACCCUGGUGAUGGAGCACGGGCCCGAGUCGUACGGCGUCAUCGCGCCCAUGGAGUACGUCGUGAACGCGGCCAUCUUCUACGACAUCGCACACAUGCGCACACACGGCCCCGACCACCAAGCGCACAAAGUGGAGGCAGCUGAGAUAUAUUACAUGAAUAAAUCUGAACACUCACCCGGCAAGGACUCACUUCUAGUCAAAGAUGAAACAUUUCCCGAGCUGCAGGCAGCCGGCGAGCCUGGCGACGACCGCCCGGCCUCCACCGACGAGGAGAGGGGGGGCGCCGCCUUCCCCAAGGCCUUCGACAGGGACCUGGUCACCCCCACAGCACUGCAGCAACAAAGCACUGAAGAGAGGCGGAAGUCCAUAUUGGACCAUCAUUGGGCGAUUCCCAGCAAGGACAGAAUGUCUAUCGACCAAGGAAGUGAAGUAUCGUCAAGCGCUGACCACGGCAAAGAGGAGAGCCUGGAGGUGUCCGUGGCAGAGGGAGUGGAGGGAGCCGAGGGCUCGGACGCCGAGCGGGCGGGCUCCGUGGCCGACGAGGACGCGGCCCACCUCGUCAAACUGUCCUACCACGACUCCGGGAUCGACAUCCGCGAUCCCCUCAUAAACGUCACGCCAAAUAACACCAAAAAGGUAUACAGUGAUGCAGAUAUAGUUCUGUCUGCGGACUGGGUGCCCCCCGUGUGCCUACCCCGCUCUGAUCCGCCGCUAUCCGCUCCUCCGCUGGGGGAGAACGACAGGGCUCCGCGCAAAUCUGCCGCUGUCUCUUUCUCGCUCGAUGGCAACCAAAAAGACGACGCCGGGAAGCCUGAUAAGAAAAAUAAGAUGCUGAAGCGGCUCUCGUAUCCACUGUCAUGGGUGGAAGGUUUGACCGGGGAAGGGCAGACAGGCGGACAGAACUCCCAAAGUGACUCCCUGCCGACGUCAGCCGAUAGCCAACAGUCUACCAGCGUCUUCUCCAAAGUAUUCAACAGCUCACCAAUGAACCUAGUGGAGUUCGGUACUGGUUUGUUCCUGAGUAAAACGCCAUCUGAAGAGGCGCCACAGGCACAUGAAACGUUGUCGGGGCGAAGUUCCCUGGGCGGCUUCGGGCGCUCCCAGACCAAGGCGGCCAACAUCGUGCCCCAACCCAAGCUGGAUUACCGCAGCAUGGUGUCUGUGGACGACAUGCCAGAUCUCUUCGCUUCUUUCGACAAGUUAAUACCUCGGCCCGCGCGGCCGUCGGACGACCCCCCGCUGUACCUGCGCCUGCGCAUGGGCAAGCCGGCCGGCCGCCCGCUGCCUCGCUCCACGCCGCUCAUGUCCUACGGCCGCAAGCGAAUGAAGCCCGAGUACUGGUUCGGAGUGCCCAGGAAUAGGGUGGACGAUCUAUUCAAGUUCCUGAACCACUGGGUCCCGGACCGCUACGGGCCGCUGGGUGACGUGGCGGCGCGGGGCUUCGAACUAAUAGACAGCGACACGGAAUGGGACGAUGACGAACCAAAAACGGGACAAAAGGAACGUUCUGGAAGUAGCGGCGACGUUUCCGACCUCACGCGAGAGUCCUGGGAGCUCCUGAAGGCGCCGUACGUGAAAAUAUAUUCAAUAAUGAAGAGCCAAGCUGAAGCUCUGGGCGACUCCCUGGGCGAAGAACCUCAGCCAGAGGUGCUGUCGAUGAGCGAUGAGUUACGACGCGCUUUAUAUUCGUCGGGCGCCUCCGUCGACAUGGAGUUCUCGCCGCCCGACCUCAUCGGAACUUCCGAGAUCUUCACCAUGGAGCACAGAGAGAAGCUAUGCGGCGUGUUGCCGGCGCGCGCGCAGGGCUACAUGUGGUCGCUGGCCUUCAGCACCAGCCAGCACGGGUUCUCGCUGGCGUCCAUGUACCGGAAGAUGCAGCGAGUGGACAGCCCGGUGCUGCUGGUCAUACAGGACACCGACAACAACGUAUUCGGUGCCCUGACGUCGUGCGCACUGCGCCCGUCCGAACACUUCUACGGCACGGGCGAGUCGUUCCUUUUCGCGUUCCAACGAGUGGAGGACGCGCGGAGACCGUCGACCACCGACAACGGUGACAGCAGAGACAAGGACGCUGAUGUUAAAGACAACGAUGACGAGAGAGAAGAACAAGCUGUGGUCAAAACGAAGUUCAAGUCGUGGGGCUGGACCGGCGACAAUAUGUACUUCAUUCGUGGAAGUAACGACAACAUAUCCAUCGGAGCCGGAGACGGCAAGUUCGGCAUCUGGUUGGACGGCGACCUGUACCAGGGUCGCACGGAGCGCUGCACCACGUACGGCAACGACCCGCUCACCACGCGCGAGGACUUCGUCGUCAAGAUCAUGGAGUGCUGGACCUUCAUCUGAGCGAGACGCAGCCACCAACCACUCACCUGUUAGCUUUACACUCUUAUGAUAUUUGCUACGACGUAUACACGCUCCGUCGCGGUCCAUCACCGCGCAUCUUUUACUCUGGUCGCGAAGUUUGUUGUAGCGGGGAUCUUAGAUCAUGGAAUGCUUGUAAAUUUAAAGUAUCGCAAUUUUAGGUUGCUAGGCAAGCAGAGAGAAAUUGACUGGCUUGUGGGGAAAUUGGAAGCAUUUUGAUGAUGGACUGCUUUGGUUAUCGGAAGUAUUUUAAUUGUGGGAUGGACAUUCGGUAGCAUAACGAUUCUGGAAUGCCUGUCAAUUUCAAGCAUCUUCAGUAUUGAAUGUUUAGGAAUUGGAUGAAAGCGUGGAGUUGAAACUAGCGUAACCGGCUUUCGAAAUGUCAAGCAAGAAAAGUUAAGAGUAUGAGAACUCAAUGUGUGAACUCGCAGCGCCCGCGCGUAGUUCUAGUCAAACGUACUGAAACUCGACCAAUGUUUUCAUUCUCGCGAUGUUCGGAGGCGCGGUGCCCUCGAGCGAGUUCAUGAUUCCUAGUCAAUUGUCGUUUGUAUGUAAGUUGGAAGUUGUGGCGGCGAACAGAACUUCACGGUCUGAUAAUUACGUGUCAAUUCAAUUAAUAUAAUGCGUCGUUGUUAAGAAACCUAUAAACGUUUGUAUCGACAUUGAAAUUGAUGUUACGUAGAAAUUAAAUAUAUAUUUAGUUGGACUUGUGGAGAUAAUUGGUUUCGACUCGCACUCACCAUAUCAUUUUAACAUCAGAGGGUAACGCGGAUGUACCUUUAAGAGUGAAACCAAUAGUUUCCCUCGAGCCGUAGCGAGUGAAUCAAUCAUUGUGUUUAGAUGCUGUCAAUCGAUGUUACCCAGUAAAUAUUGAUAUAUAUACGUACAUGUUGUUUUAUCAAUGUUUGUAUGUAGACGUACCGCGUAUCAGCGUAGCGCCUAGUUCACUGUUUAAUUGAUGCUUAUUAGUUGAUGACACAUUCAGAUACCAGCCAGAAGUGGGUACUGAAGAUUCGAUUUCGCGCUUAACAUUACUGUUUUUUAUCUUCUUUAUAGCUCAUUCUUAGUUCUAAAAAUACUGCUGUAUCGCUGGCUCCGAGCUUGCCCGAAUGCUCCCAGUGGGUAGCCAACCAUUAUACUCGGUUUAUAUUUAGUUGAUAAAAUUUCGCCGAUAGUUUUGUCCAUAACCUUAGUCAGUUUCUAUUUAAGUGAGCAUAAUUUAUGUUCUAUUUUCACUGUGAUUUGAUUAAUAUGGAAUUUUAAUGUAGUAUUUUAGCCCUAACUUGUCCUAAGUUUUGUUAAAUAUCGCGUAUUCGUUAUACCAUUUAUUAAUAAUAUAACACAAAAUGUAUAAAAAAAAUACAUUAGGUAUCUUACAAAAUUUCUGUUGACUUAUAUUCAUUAAUUUUAAUAUUAACUAUACGAGAUGAGUAUCGUAAACUUUAUAUAUUACUAUUAGAAAUGAAAUAGAUAAUAAGAAGGCUAUAUAUCGUACAUGUCAAUGUGCUUAGCGUUUGUCACUUAGCAUGAUGUUACUCAUUGUGUCUGGUCGUUCGUAGAUUAUGUUAAGCUGAUACAAAAUAAAUACAGUAUAGAGUUUGUGCAAUAAUAUCAUAUAAACAUAUUGUAUGGUAAAGUAAGUAGGUAACACACCUGCGACUGUAGACUCGGUUUGACUAACAACAUGAAGUGAUACUACACAAUGUUCUGUUCCUGUUGAGAGUUUUCAGAUAUGUUAUCUAAUUUAUAAUUAGCAUGGCAGCCUCUUGUUGCGUCAAUUAAUCGCGUUUAGAACACGGCUUCUACUUAGUGGCUUCAUAUACCGCUAAACCUACAUUCAUUUUCCUUUAAGGUUUUAUGAACUUUUAGUGCUAUGAGAUUAUUUGUGAGAUAAAUUUUUAUGAAUUACUAUAAUUGCGUAAUGGUUAAUCAUAAUAAUAGUUUGGCGAGUGCCUGUCCAUUGCAAUACUUAUAUUGUUAUUGUUUGUCAAUAGUUGUUCGUAGGAAACGAAUUAGUUUUAUGAAUGUGUUAUAACGGCAUAAUUAAUUGUUAUAAUAAAAUUGUUAAGUAGCAGUGAGAUAUGUAUAAUUAUUUAUUUGGUAUAUAAUUUAAUUGUGAAAUGCUGUAGCUGUAUUAUUUCUGGUGAUCUUAAUUGUAAUCUAAGUUGUUAAAAUGUAAAUCAAGCCAUAAUAACUGAGAAUAUAUUCUUUUGAGAAAA